AUGGCGAAACGCAUGCGUUUCACAGCUCUUUGGCUGACAACUGUCACUUUUUGUGUCUGGUGUAUUACGCGGGCACGAGCUGUUGUCGCCGCGACAGUCGUUAAUGUUAAAGAGAAUACAUCGCCUGGAGUCUUAGUGGCGGAUAUAAGUUUGCCUCAAGGUUUGACUGCUUGGAUGUACGAGUUGAACGACGACGGGUCGAUUUACACACAGCUUGUAAACGCACACUUUGAGGUCGAUGUGUCCAGUGGAGUCGUGCGUACUCGUGCGUCUUUGGAUUUUGAAGACGUAACGAAACGAACGUGGAGAGUUGUUGUUGUGGCUCGAAAAGAAGGCAGAAAUGCGGGGUCUGUGCCGCAGAUGUUGUUUGUUCAUGUGCUGGACGAGAACGACAAUCCACCGCGUUUUUCUAAAAGGGAAUAUCACGGGUUUGUGAAAGAGAAUGAAGGGAUUGGUACAGUUGUGUCUGGUUUGAGUGGAGCGUUUGUAACAGACUCAGACUCUCCAUCGAAUGGUGUAGAUUUGUUGACUUUCAGAGUGCUGUCUGGAAACAACAGAACGAGUUUUGUAGUCAGAGGUAGAAAAGGGGCAGGUGGAGACUUGAUAUUUCUGGAAGUUAUUACAACAAAGCGAUUAGACAGAGAGGAACAGAAAGAAUAUGAUCUGGUCAUUGAGACGUCAGACAGUUGGCAUAAUGAUUCUUGUCAUGUCACUGUUGUAGUCUUCGAUGUCAAUGAUAACUCUCCUGUGUUUGCAUCAUCUGGCUAUCAAGUCACCAUACCUUCUGACCUUCGCCCGGGGACCUCUGUUGCUCACCUGUCUGCCACUGAUAAAGACGAUGGUCUGUAUGGUGAAAUCUAUUAUAGUCUUAGUGUAGCUGGCAACUCAAACUUUUCCAUUAAUCCAUACACGGGAAUUGUCUCAACAACUCGAUCUCUUAUUGGAGCUAGUGGUCAGUCAGUUCUAACAAUUGAAGCUCGGGAUAGACAGACAGGGAAGCAACAGAUCAGUUCAACUACUCUGUUGACAAUCACAGUCAAGGAAGCUAAUUACUAUUCUCCUCAGAUUAAUGUCAGGUUUUCUCUUCCUGCUGCAGUAGGUACUGGUAGUGUUCAUGAGAGUGCUCCAGUUGGCAUGUCAGUUUCAACCGUGACUGUGGUAGAUCUUGAUAAGGGAGUGAAUGGAAUAACUACUUUAAAUAUCAGUAGUGGCAAUGAAGAUCAGACAUUUAAAGUUGCAGACAAUGGAAAUGGGCAAUUUGUGUUGGAACUUAAUCGUCGUUUGGAUCGUGAGAAAGUCGCUCAGUACGCAUUGCAAUUGAUGGCAAGUGAUAUUGGAGAACCAAUGAAAAUUACUAGUGCCAUCAUAAUGAUACAGGUGUUGGAUGAUAAUGAUAUGACACCACAGUUUGAAAAGAGUCACUACGAUGUGAACGUUGAUGAAUCUGUAUUGAUUGGAAGUCAGGUAGCUUUUAUGACAGCCACAGAUAGAGAUAUUGGAAUCAAUGCUAAAGUUUUGUAUUCCAUCAAGAGUGGAAACAAUCCGAAAUGGUUCUCUAUCGAUUCUGUGACCGGUCAGAUUAGGACAGUAAGUUUACUUGAUGCAAAGGAGAAUGGGUUGUUUCAACUGGUUAUCAUGGCACAAGACCAAGGAGCAGUAAGACUGUCAUCUUCUACUGUAGUCACUGUCACUGUCAGUGAUAAUAAUAAUCACUCUCCUAUGUUUGACUGGUCAUCAUACACAGCUAAAGUAAGAGAGAGCACUGAAAUUGGGAGUGAGGUUAUGAAUUUGACUGCAACAGAUAGAGACGUUAGCAACAAUGGUAUUGUAUCAUACUCUAUCAUUUACAACAACCCUCAGAGACCAGAUCCGUUUGUCAUCAACAGUACAACUGGUGUUGUGUUUACAACAUCUGCUCUAGAUUACGAGUUGAGCUCUUGGUAUUCUCUUACUGUAAGAGCUAGUGAUUAUGGAACACCGUAUUUACAACAUUCGGAUGUCACACUCACUGUCCACGUGGUGAACGAGAACGACAAUGCUCCAAGGUUUUCUCCAUCAUCAUACUCACCUCUUGUAGCUAGUACAGCUCCUGCAGGGACAACAGUAACUCGUCUCAAAGCUAUUGAUGAUGACUUGGACAGUUUGACAUUUACUUUGGCUAACGGAGAUCAAACUAAGUUUAAUGUAACGCAUGAUGGUUAUGUGAUUGUACUAAUUUCACUGGGAACAAGACUGCCUGAGUACGUACUGAAAGUUUUAGUCAGUGAUGGAAGGUACAAUGCAACAGCAAGAAUUAUAGUCACUAUUUACGACUCAGCUCUUAGAAUACCUGUUUUUCAAACAUCUUCUGGGUAUUCAUUUUCAGUGUCAGAAGUUGCAUCAAUAGGUCAUAUAGUAGGUCGUGUGCAAGCAUUUUCAACAGACAAUUUAUCAGUCACUUACAACAUUGCAGAUGGAAAUCAAGAUGGGGUAUUUGGUGUCAACCAGUCAGGUGACAUCGCCUUGCUUAGAAGAAUGGACUAUGAGAAGCAGAAGGUUUAUUCACUGGCAGUCACAGCGGUUGAUAAGUCAGGAUCUGUUCAAAGAACAGGAGUAGUGUCUGUUUCAAUUCAAGUCAUUAAUGUUAAUGAUGAGCUUCCAGUUUUUUAUGAAGAUCUUAAGAAGGAAGUGAUUAUAAGUCAGAAUGCGACAAAGGGUAGCCAUGUGUUGACAGUGAGGGCAAGUGAUGCAGAUAAUGACCCUCUCACGUACUCUUUGCAUGGCUCCUCAGAAGUUGUGUCUCACUUUACAAUGAAAGAUAGCUACAGUGGCAUUAUUGUAACGAAGAAGACAUUUUUAGACAAUGACCCACCUCUGUUGUUUCCAGAAGUCAACAUUGAAGUAACUGAUGGGCUACAUUCAGCCAGUUAUUCAUUUGCUGUUGUCAUUGAGGACAGCAAUAAUCAAUACCCACAAUUUAGCUCUUCUAUUGUUGAAUUUAAUGUUUCAGAGGAUGCCACAGUUGGACAUGUGAUAGGUUCUAUUGUGGCUCAAGAUCAUGACUUAGAGUACAACUCUGUGCUCCGUUAUUUGAUUACAGCUGGAAAUGAUGGUUCAAAAUUUGCUAUUGAUUCCAUCACAGGAGUCUUAUCUGUACAGUCAGCAUUGGAUUAUGAGACUGUACGUUUGUAUAAUGUGACUGUAACUGUUGGUGAUGUCGGCUUUCCUCGUCUCACUUCUACAUCUCAUGUUGGAAUUCAUAUUGUCAAUGUAAAUGACUUACCUCCAGAGUUUGUUGAUGCAUUUUACAUUGUGUCAAUAUCAGAAAGCACACCUGUAAGUCAAACGAUUCUUACUGUCACCGCAAUCGAUCCAGAUGACUGCUCUGUGACCUACGAGAUAGCAAGUGAUGUAAGAGGUAGAUUUAGUGUUGAUCAAACAUCAGGUGUUGUGCGUGUUGCUAAAAGUUUAGACAGGGAAUCCACACCAGAAUUUCAAUUUUAUAUUCGGGCAUUUGAUGGUGCACCUAGUCUGUCAUCAUUGGUCAGAGUACGAGUUCAUUUGAUUGAUGAAAAUGACGAGCCACCAAAGUUUCUGUUGUCACAAUAUGAUAUCACUGUCCGUGAAGAUCUUCCAGUAGGAUCAGUAGCAGUGACACUCUAUGCUCAAGAUUCUGAUGAAGGAUCUAACAGCAUUGUGAAGUAUCAGAUGAGGACAGGAGAUGUAACAACAUGGAUGGUUGAUGAUGUUACUAGUUCCAUCAUAUUACUUCGAAGUCUGAAGAAGAAUGAACAGUUUCGUGUUGAGGUGAUUGCAACUGAUGUAGUUUCUCCAUAUCAAAUAGCUGCCACAACAGUAAUGAUCAAUGUCUUAGAAACAAACAGAAACUACAAUCCACCGUUAUUUCCAGGUUUUAUCUCUAUGGGUGUGAUACAUGAAAAUGCAGCUAUCUCAACACCAGUUAUGACAGUAACAGCAAUUGACGAGGACAUGGAUGAAAAUAGUGACAUUAUCUACACAGUUAGAGGUGGUAGUGGAGUGGGGUUGUUUACUAUCGAUAAACAAAGUGGAGAGGUAACUGUUCUGUCACAAGUAGACUAUGAGAAAUCAUCAUAUUAUACAUUACUGAUCCAUGCUCAUGACCAGGGACUUAUUCCUCUGACUGUUGAAACUGACAUUGUUAUUAAUGUCAUUGAUAUUAAUGAUAACAACCCUGUAGCUGAUGACGAUGUAAUUAAAGGCUUGGUAUUUCCUUGUGCUGGAAGUGGAGGGUUUGUUGCUGCAGUUUAUGCGUCAGAUGUGGACAAUGGGUAUGGUGGAGAUGUUUCAUAUGCCAUCACAUCUGGAAACAGCCUUAGAAGGUUUUCUAUUGAUUCUAUUACUGGAAUUGUGACAUCAUUAUCUGGUAUUGAUUCUGAUGGAUUAUCUCAAUAUAAUCUGCUCAUUACAUUGUCUGACAAUGGAACUCUGCACUUGAGUUCAACUGCGGUUGUAACUGUCAAUGUUGUUGAUUGUUCUGAUCAGAAUUUGCAAUUUGUAGGUCUCCCAUAUGUCAGUCAAGUGCAAGAGAAUUACAACAGCUUGUAUUUAUUCCAAGUUGUAGCUCAAUAUGGGAAUUCUGCUGACUCUAUUAUGUUCAUGCUACAUGACACAUUUCAUGGUUUGUUUUCAAUAAAUUCAUCUACUGGUGUUAUCUCUUGCCAGCCACUUGACUAUGAGACUGAGCAACAGUACAAUCUAACAGUUACCGCAAAGAGUAGGUCCAACACAGCCUCAACUAAUGUCGCUGUUUUUGUGAUCAAUGAGAGAGACAAGCCGGUGUUCACAAACUUGCCGACAAACAUUUAUGUUCAAGAAUCGUUUGCCAUUAAUCGCGUAAUUAUGUCAGUUACCGCUGUUGAUCCUGAUGGAUUACCACAUACAAACAUCUUGUAUUCCAUUGUGUCAGCUGAUGAAGACAUCCUGUCUGUGUUCAUUAUAAACUCAGUAUCAGGAGAUAUCAGUCAAAAUGGUUCAGUAGACUAUGAAAGAAGAAACCAGUACAGCGUGUACGUGGAAGCAAAAUACAACAACUCUCACCUCUUUAGUUGGAGUUAUCUUACUAUCAUUGUGCUUGAUAAUGAUGACAAUCUUCCUGUGUUUGACCAGAGCCCUUUCUAUUAUGUCAUGGUGCCCAGUCUCUCAAUAGCGAAUAUGACACUUAUUACAAUACAUGCUGUGGACUAUGACACAGGAACUAAUGCUGCUAUUGAGUAUGCUGUAGCACCAUCCAAUCAAUCACAUUUUUCUAUUAAUCAUCUAACUGGAACUCUGCAAAUGAGACAGCCAUUAGCUGGACAGACAGCUACAGUUACAGUUAUUGCUAGGAAUCCAACAAAUAUUGCCAGACAGACAAAAGUUGAUAUCAUUCUGUCAGUUCAGAUGCCAUCAAGUUUCAUUCCAGUGUUUGCUACUCCCAAGGUUAUUUCUCUGUCUCUUCGAGAAUCUUUAGGUAUCAACACUGUAGUUGCUAUGGCAACUGCUACAUCAUCAGGAUCAGCCACGGUUCAGUAUGAAAUAGCAGGUGGGAAUGUGGAUGGAGCAUGGAGUGUAGAUAAAGUGAAAGGGAGUUUAGCAAUAGCUAAAAAGCUGGUAUAUGAGCGAGUGAGUAAGUAUAAUCUUGUUAUUAGAGCAAUUGUUCAGCAGAAACUUCCACAGACUGAUGAAAAGACAUUUGUAAUCAAUAUUCUACCUGUCAAUGAUCAUAAACCAUGGUUUACUCAACCAAAUCCUUGUACUGUGUUCAUUGAAGAAGAUCAGCCUACAGGAUUGUUUGUUACUCGUGCCACGGCUUCUGACUUGGAUGCAGGCAGGGAUGGUCACAUAAGAUAUUCAUUGGCUGGUAGCUCUGUGUUCUCCAUUGACACAGUGACAGGUGUUGUUACAACCACUUCUUCGUUAGAUUAUGAAACUCGUUCAUCAUAUGUUCUUUAUGUACAAGCACAUGAUUUUGGUUUACCUGCUCUAAUGGCAGAUGUUGAGCUUAAAUUGAUUGUCAAUGUUGUGGACCUGUUGGAUGAUCAACCUGUAUUUCAUCAAGUCUAUUCAGCAAUGAUACCAGAGAAUUCUCCAGUAGGUACUACUCUGGUGGCCGUCUCUGCUAUGGAUAUUAACAAAAAGCCUACCUACUACUCACUCACAUCACUAAACAUGGCUGAAUUGUUUUGUAUUAAUCCACUAUCUGGUGAUAUCAUUAUAGCAUCACGCCUCGACAGAGAAAAUAUGAAUUAUUUUGAACUGUCUAUAACAGGUAGUAAUGGAUUAACAGAAUCUCAGACUGUUGUGUCAGUUCACUUACAAGAUGUGAAUGAUAAUGCACCUCGCUUUAAUCAGUCUUUGUAUUCUUUUUUGAUGAAAGAGAAUAGGACAUAUGGGCAACAGCCAUUUUUUCUGUCUGCUCAGGACAGUGACUAUGGUGCCAAUGGAACAAUUACUUACUCAAUGGUCACAUCAUCAUCAGCAAACUUACAAGUUACAUCAAAUGGCUCAGUGACUGUCAGAAUUCCAUUGGACAGAGAGAAAUCUUCAUUUGAACACUUUAUUGCCGUAGCAUCAGAUGGUGGUGUGCCAUCUUUGUAUGGCUAUGCUAAGGUUGAAGUGUCAGUAACAGAUGUCAAUGACCACACUCCCAUUUUUACAUCAGCUAGUUAUGAGGCUAGUGUACGUGAGGAUGCAGCAUUAGGGACAACAGUAGCUUGUGUAGUGGCUACAGACUUAGAUGUGGGAGAAAACGGGAAAGUAAGAUAUCGAAUUAUUUCAGGAAAUUCAGGAAAUAUAUUUGAAAUCAACUCAUUAUUGGGAGCAGUCAUGCUUAAAGCCAAUCUUAAUUCUGAAAACAAAGCUACAUAUCAUCUGAUUGUUGAAGCAGCUGAUGGAGGCCAACCACAGAAAAUGUCAACAACAAUACUUUUUGUUAUUAUACUGGAUGCUGCAAGUGCACUACCUCAGUUUAGUCGAUCUGUAUAUCAAGCAAGUGUUAAUGAAGAGAGUAUGGUUGGUGCAUUUGUUACACAUGUAGUUGUGACAUCCAUUCCUAGUGUUGUAUACAGUCUUGUGGAGACAACUGAUGCAAGGAAAUUUUCAAUAAAUAGCAACACAGGAGUUGUCACUACAGCUGCAUUGCUUGAUCGUGAAACACAAGACUCAUUCAAACUAACAGUCAAUGCCACAGAUGAGUACAGCCAGUGCAACAGUGUAGAAAUUCUUAUCACUGUCAAUGAUUUAAAUGACAAUGCUCCUAAAUUUCAGCAAGAACUUUAUGCAACCUUUGUCCCAGACGAUGCUCCAUUAGGACUGGAAGUGCUUGUUGUGUUUGCUGUAGAUCAGGAUGUGGGCAGCAAUGGCAAUGUGAGCUACAGAUAUGUCAAGUCAUCUUCCUGUUUCAGUCUUGAUCAAAGGACAGGAAACUUCACAACCAACUGUUUGCUGACUGGAAUGGGAGGAGAAACAUUUCAUUUGGUAAUUACAGCCGAUGACCAUGGGUAUCCUUCAUUUUCUGCUCUACAGCAAGCCAUCAUAUAUGUAACUGUCACUGAACCUCAUUACCCUAAGUUUAACAAGGCUCUUUACAAUGUAUCUAUUGUGGUUCCAGUUGAUGUUGAUGUUGUCACAGUUUCUGCUACUGAUGUUGAUACCAAUGAAACACUCACAUAUUCUAUUGUUUCUGGUGACACCCAAAAUCAUUUUUCAAUUGAUUCGAUGACCGGUCGAAUAAUUGUGAGGCAACAUGUGGGAAUUAGUUCAUUUUACAAAUUGAAGGUAGCUGCUUCUGAUCGUGUACAUGUCAACUACACUGUUGUAUUGGUUUAUGUUUCAACUCUGUUUGAGUUUAGCCAAUCACAUUACAGUAUUUCUGUCAGUGAAGGAGCACCUAUUGGUACAGUAAUCCUUAGUUUCAACCUUUUGACAGCGAUGCGAGAUGUUACAUUCUCUUUGUCCACUCCUUUUACUGAGUUUAUGAUGAGACAAAAUGCAUCACUGUUUAUAGAUGAUCAUCUGGACAGAGAGACUCGUUGCUUUUAUCACUUUUUUGUGAUUGCUAAAUCUUCAGAUUUGUCACGUAUUGCUUCAGCUGAAGUCAAUGUCACUGUUGCAGAUGUUAAUGACAAUGCACCACAAUUUGUUGGACAGCAGCCUUUUAUGGCCUAUUUCAGAGAAGGACAACCUGCAGGCACCACCAUAUAUCAGAUGUUUGGACAUGAUGAUGAUGAAGGAGUAAAUGCAGAGAUUUCCUUUCAAUUAGUGGGUGUGUAUCCGGGACUGCCAUUCACCUUGUUGUCUGGUGGUCAAAUUGUGGCUUCACAGAAUUUAGAUUCUGGCACAUAUGUGAGCUAUCAGAUUGAGAUCAAAUGUUUUGAUUCUGGCAGACCUAGUUUGUCAUCCACUGUACGGGUUAGUCUUUCCAAACUAGCUCAUUCUGUUGUUGUCCCAUUGUUUGAACAUUCAUCGUACAUAUUAAGUGUAUCAGAAGAUUCACCAGUUGGCUCAACAGUGAGUUUUAUUAGAGCUGUAGCAAGAGUCGGCUCUAAGGUCACAUACUCAAUCAAAGCUGGAGGAGACAAGUUUGCAGUCGAUUUAAAUGGGGCUUUGAUAGUUAGUAAGACUUUGGACUUUGAGAGCAGACAACAGCAUUUGUUGAUAGUUCAAGGGGCUGAUGAAAUGCAUACUACUGAUGUGACUAUUAAAAUUGAUGUGUUGGAUGUAAAUGACAACAGCCCUCGCUUUCUAUUAGGAGAUAAUCUCUUUUUCUCGUGGUGUCAACAGUCUUUUAUUCUAUCAGCUGGAAAACAAAUACAAUGA